CUAACUUCUGCCUUAUUGCUUUUCACAUUGAAACUAAACAACUUCCUGCGUGAUAAUGGGUAGCCAUUGGUAUUCAGAAUCCCUACUGUCCUCAGAUAAAUGUACUCACUCAAAUUACAAAAUGUAUAAAUGUAUAUAUAACUGACAAGUUGACGGGAAUUAGUGCAGUCAAAUGUCUUGAUAUCACUUAUUGAGCACAACUAAACACCUGAACCGCACCAUAAUAACAAAGAAAGAGCUCAAAGAAAUCGAUUGGUUUAUGCAAGCUCGUGUCAAACAUAUUGGAUAUUGGAAACGAACUUGUGUGUUUCAAAUCAUGACCUUGAGAGUAAAUGGUUAAGAGACUGUCAGUUGUCGAGCCCUUAAUAAUAGUUUUUAAUUUCCAGACUUUAGACCAGAUGAAAAAAGAAGAAAAAAAUGAGUCGAAACCAAAAGUUUCCGAAUAUUUGCCCAAAUGUGGUGUUACUGUUGAUUUAUAUUGUCCAGAACAAAUGUCAAUAGACCAACUACUAGAAAUAUUUGAACGUCGAGGUUUCAAAUCUUUAGUGUCAAAUGCAAAUACAUUAGAACAUAUUGUAAAUCUUUAUUAUGAUCAUCUUAUACCAAGAAGUAAUCGAGAGGAAUCCGUUAGUGAAUUAACUGAAUGUACAAGUGUCAAUGCUUCUAAUGAUAGUAAUAGUAAUUUGCCAAAAGAAAAAGUCAACUCUAGUAGAAAACGUAUGGAUGAUUUAGAUAAUCUAGUCAUUACCUACGAUGUAAAACGAUUUACCCCUUGCUCCACUAAAACUUCUCAUGUAUCUUCAGAAGAACAUAAUCUUACUGUAAUACAUCCAAAACAAACAGUUCAAAUGAAAGAAAUGACAGAUCAAUCAAUAUGUAAACCUUCUAAUAUACCAUUAGAUAGUUUACAUAGUGAUAAUAUGAAACCAGUACCCCCUCAUUUAAUGAAUGAAAAAUCUUCAAAUUCCGAAAUUAAUGAUCAUUCUUUACAAUCCAUGAAAAAACGACCAAAAAUCAAUCGUAAUUUUGAAACACUUACAAAUAAUAUUUAACUAUUGUGUAUAUUGUAAAUGAAUGAUUAUCUUAUUCUCUUUAAAUUUAUACCUUUUACAAUG